CCGUCGCGCCUGCGCCUGGAGAGCCGGUUAGUAGCGGCUCCGAGAGACUAGGAGUUCAGACAGCUGGUUAAGGAAAAAGGUGCAGAGGAAAAUGUGGAUUUUCGGGUAUGGUUCCCUAAUCUGGAAAGUGGAUUUCCCGUAUCAGGACAAACUGGUCGGGUCCAUCACAGGCUACAGCCGGCGCUUCUGGCAGGGCAGCACCGAUCACCGCGGGGUUCCUGGCAAGCCUGGAAGAGUUGUGACUCUUGUUGAAGAUCCUGGGGGUUGUGUAUGGGGUGUUGCAUACCGACUACCAGCAGGAAAAGAAGAGGAAGUAAAAGCUUAUCUGGAUUUCAGAGAGAAAGGAGGCUACAGGACUACAACAGUCAUUUUCUACCCAAAAGAUCAUACCAUGAAACCAUUCAGUGUAUUAUUAUAUAUUGGAACUUGUGAUAACCCUAAUUAUCUUGGUCCAGCCCCUCUGGAAGACAUUGCUGAACAGAUUUUAAACGCAGUUGGUCCUAGUGGAAGAAAUACUGAGUAUCUUUUUGAACUUGCAAAUUCCAUUAGGAAUCUUGUGCCAGAAGAUGCAGAUGAGCAUCUCUUCUCCUUGGAAAAAUUAGUAAAAGAACUUUCUGAACAAAAACAGAAUCUCAAUUGCAUAUAGAUAAUCAUCGAUUUUCAAAAUAAACACUGUAUCUUCAGGGAAAUGACUUCCCCUAAAUAUCAUUAUCUUUUUUUUAAUGGUGUAUUCAAAAUAACAUAGUUUGCUAUUUGUAAUCUGCACUGGAAAAUCUACAUAUACAUUUGUAUUCAAGCAUUUUUUAAAUUCCCAAGCUAAAUCACAUUUAAGUAACAUCCAAUAUAUCCUUGGUUUAGAAAUAUACAGGUAAAGAAAUCUUUAUGCAUCCUGUUUUGAGAAUGUUAAACAAAUUACUAAUUUGAUGAUAAGUAGAAGAAAAAUGAAAUAACUCUUGCCUGUUUUAAUCUUAAAAAGUAGUUUUCUGAUAUCAGAUCUUCUCCCUCACUAAGGUGGAUGCAUAAAAUGCUCAGUAACUUUGUCCUUUGAGACAAGCACUAGAAAUCUAUUUUAGGAGAACAACUAUAUUGUACUCUAGACCAUCAAAUGUGGAAAAUAAUCUCUAAAUCUACCAAUCUGCCAGUAAAAUAUCAUUUUGAAGUUACUGGUGAACCAAACUGAAACCUGAAAUUCUGUAGCAUGUAUCUGUGCUUGUAAAAUUAAUUCUAUAACAAACCAUGGUUAAAAAUCCAAAAACUUAUAUUAGCAUGUGAUUGUAAUAUAUGUAUUUUAAUAAACACUAAAAUUUCAGUCCUAAAUCCUUAACUUUUUUAUUUUUCAAUGUUUAUCAAUCCUUUUAAACUUAAGAUAACAUUUUAAUGUAAAAAUUUUCCUAUGAAUGUUGUAUUUUACUUUAUCUUCUUGAAUAGCACUUAUUUUGUAUAUAUAUAUAAUUACUACAGAACAUAAUUCAAUAACCUUGAAAUACCAAGGAUCAAAGAUUUAAAGAUACUAGUGGCCUUUAAAGAGAUCAGUUAAUACUGAAAUUCUUUAUUUGGGAUCUGUGAACUUGCUUUAAUAUUUUGAUAACUAUAUAUGAUUGAUUUCCUUUAUAAUCUCAUGUAUUUUAAGCAUUAAAAAAUAUUCUAAGAAAGGAUUCCUAAGCUUCACCAGACUGCAAAAGGGAACAAUUGUUCAAGUCUUUUUUUAGCCAUAUCCAACUCUUCAUGAUGCCAUUUGGGGUUUUCUUGACAAAGAUAUUGGAGUGCUUUGCCAUUUCCUUUUCCAGCUCAUUUGACGAUGAGGAAACUGAGAGUAAAUAGUGUUAAAUAAAGACCUAGGGUCACAAGUACAAUAGGUGAAUAGGGUCAUGUUUGAACUCAAUUCGGGUCUUCCCAAUUCCAGGCCCAGUCUACCAUACCACUUCCCAAGUGAUACUAUGACAUGCAAGAGGAUUGGAUUCAAGUGAGGGAGGGCUAUGCAAGGUCAAGUGCCUAACUUCCCCCUCCAGAGGCCAAAUAUAGAUCAGGACAACUGGAGAUAGCCCUGGGGGCAAUUUUGGCUUUUUUUAAGCUAAGGUUUUCCAACAGGUUUGACUGAGACCACAUCCAUUCAGUGAUUCCAGCUAAGUAGGAAGUAAAGAAAGGCUUCUUUCACCUAGUCAAAUAAAUAAAUCUGAAAAGGGAAAAUCCUCAAGUUUUAUGGCCUAACCAAAAAGAUUCAAUGAAAACUUAAACACUGGCCAUUUGAGGCUUGGCCAGGAACAAUAUUAUAGUACAUAAUAACAGGAAGAAAGGGGAGAACAAGCAGAAAUGUGUAUUUCCCCUUUUUCCCUCCAGUGGAGUAAUAAGAUUAGAUAAGGCCAGGGGCAGCUAGAUGGCACAGUGGAGAGCACCAGCCAUGAAGUCAGGAGGACCUGAGUUCAAAUCUGGUCUCCAGACACUUAAUACUUACUGUGUGACCCUGGACAAGUCACUUAAUCCCAAUUGCGCCAGAAUAAAAAAAAAGAAGAAGAAAAAAGACUAGAUAAAACUGAACUUAAAAAGGGUGAUACUCUCCCUUUACUCUCAAGCGUACUCUCAAGAAUAGGGAAGUUCUAAGGAGAGCUUGGUGGAGAAAUGAGUUCAGUUUUAGACAUGUUGAAUUUAAGAUUUCCACAAGAUAACAAGUUAGAAAUAUAAAGGUAGGAAAAAAAAGAUUAAGGCUGGACAAAUAGAUCUGGAAAUCAUCAGCAUAGACAUCACAAUUGAAACCAUGGGAGCUAAUGAGAUCUCCAAGUGGAAUAGCAUAGAAAGAAAAGAAUGCUCUGCAGAGGUCUGGGAGUUGCUCACUUUUAAUAGUCAUGAUCCAGCUGAAGAUCCAGCACAAAAGACUAAGAAGGAACAAUGAGAAAGGCAGGAAGAUAAUCAGGAUAGAGUAAUAUCAUAGAAACUUAGAGGAAGAGGGCUCAAAGAAAAGAGGUUGAUAACAAUGUCAAAGGAUGUAGUGAGGUAAAAAAGAAAUGAAAACUGGCCACAGGCAUUAGAUUUGGCAAUUAAUAAAUCACUGGUAACCUCCAAGGUUCAAUUUAUGCAGUUUAUUAAAAUUGCUAACUAAAUAACAUGCUAUUUUAAAUUGGUUAUAAACAAGAUAAUACAGCUGGGCCCAUUAUAUUAUCUUAAAUUUGAUUCAACUUAAGUUUAUCUCUAAAAUGCUAUGAUUAUCUUUGCUCUCAAAAAACCCACAAUCUAAUGGGGGAAAUAGCAAGUAAACAAAUAUGGACUAACAAGCAAUAUACAGGAUAAACAGGAAAAAAUUUAAAGGAAGGAAGGUGCUAGAAUUAAAAAGGGUUAGGAAAGUUCCUAUAGAAGCUGGAAUUUUAAUUAGAUAAUGAAGGAAGCCAGGAAAGGCAGGAGAUAAAGAGGAAGAAGAACAUUCCAGGUAAAAGGGACAGCCAGAGGAAAAUGCCUGGAAUCAAAAGAUAGUUUUCCUCAAAAGAUAGUUUGUAUUUUUUCCUUUUGUGGAACAGCAAGGAGGCCAGUGGCACUGAAUGGUGUAAUAAAACUAGAAAAGUAGGCAGGGUCUAAGUUAUAUAAGGAUUUGAAAACCAAAAGAUGAUUUUGUAUUUUAUCUUGGAAGGUAUGAGAACCACUACAACUCACAGAAAGUGAGGAAAUAAUAGUCACUUGUACUUUAGGAAAAUCACUUUGGUGGCUAAAUGGAGAAUGGAAUCAAGUCGGCAGACAGAUCUAUGGGAUCUUUCAAGAUACUAGGAUACACCCUGUUUUCCAGAGCUAAGGCCCAGCAAGCAGGCUGUGCCCUGAACUUGACGUAAUAACAAUCCUUUGCACUCACCCUCUGGAUUGAAUGGGACUGAUUGGAUAAAGCUUUCUCAGUAUUGAGACUAUCACCUGAUCCCUAUUCUCAUGUUUUGAACCCUGGACUUGCAGGGAGUCAGACCCUCAAACCUACAGGAAGUAACCUGAUCCACAGGAAGCAAACAACACUGGUCAAGGAUGGCUACAUUCUUCUAUUCUAUCCAAAGAAAAGGCUCGGAUCUUUUGCUUUUUAAAUCUUGGACAAGUCAGAAGCUGAUCAGAUUAAGGAGCACAUGGCAGGAGCUGGGAUGGCUCCCAAGUGUGUGUCUGGGCCUCUCCCUGCAGAGACUAAAUAAAUGCUUUCUCUUUGUACCUGAAGAUGUCUCUGAUUAGUUAAUUUGGGAAAGGGGAUCUAGCACCUAUCCCACACAGGAUCAUCUCAGCCACAACAAAAUCCCAGAACUUUUUCGGGUCAUGAAGCCCUGCUAUGAAUCAAACUUGUCAUGCUGAUGCUAUCACCCUUAUUGUCAAGGUUAAGGCUCAGUGCACAGCCUUUGGUAUGAGAGCUCCCCACACUAAAGAGGAAUUGAAGAGGGCCCUCUGAUACAUGUAUUCUUGCUUGCAGGCUGUUUUCCACACUUUGAAAUUAAACUUCUAUUUGAUUCUUGG